AGAGAGAGAGAGAGAGAGAGAGAGAGAGCAGAUCCAGCAGUCUAACAAGGCUGCACUCCCUCGAAGUUUGACAUCCCCAGCGGGCUCUUGAGGAAGUUCUGCUCCACCGCUGCCAUGGAGCCUCGGAAGUGUCCUGGAUCUGUAUUGAUUGGAGUUUACCUGUUGGCGACAUUGUGCUGUCAAGGUUGUCAUGGCGGCACGUACCAAAGGAAGCUGUACCAUGACCUGAUGGUAAACUACAAUCGCCUGGAAAGGCCUGUCCAAAACGACUCAGCGCCCAUCGUGGUGGAGCUCGGCCUCACACUGCUACAAAUCAUUGACGUGGAUGAAAAGAACCAAGUGUUGAUCACAAACGCCUGGCUGCAGCUGUAUUGGACAGACAUUUACCUUUCAUGGAACCCAGAGAACUACCCUGGGGUUCAGAACCUGCGAUUCCCUUCCAAUUUGGUAUGGGUCCCAGAUAUCCUCCUCUACAACAGUGCUGAUGAGAGGUUUGAUGCUACGUUCCAUACAAAUGUGCUAGUAAAUGCUUCAGGAUCCUGCCAGUACAUCCCACCAGGCAUCCUGAAGAGUACCUGCUACAUCGAUGUACGAUGGUUCCCAUUCGAUGUGCAGAAGUGUGACCUCAAGUUUGGCUCCUGGACUCACAAUGGCUGGCUGUUGGACCUCCAGAUGAUGGAUGUGGACAUCUCUACUUACAUACCCAACGGGGAAUGGGAUCUUGUUGGUGUCCCUGCUAAGCGCAAUGAGCUGUACUAUGAAUGCUGUAAGGAGCCCUACCCUGAUGUGACGUUCACAGUCACCAUGCGCCGCAGGACACUUUACUACGGCCUCAACCUGCUCAUCCCCUGCGUGCUCAUCUCUGGUCUGGCCCUGCUGGUCUUCCUGCUCCCCGCUGACUCUGGAGAGAAAAUCUCACUGGGCAUUACGGUGCUGCUGUCUCUAACAGUGUUCAUGUUACUGGUAGCAGAGAUCAUGCCCGCCACUUCAGACUCUGUUCCUCUGAUUGCUCAGUACUUUGCUAGUACCAUGAUGAUUGUGGGCUUGUCUGUGGUGGUAACAGUCCUUGUGCUGCAGUUCCACCACCAUGACCCCCACGGAGGGAAGAUGCCUAAAUGGGUCCGAGUCAUCCUACUCAACUGGUGUGCUUGGUUCCUCCGCAUGAAGAAACCUGGAGAGGAAAACAAAACAACUGUGAGUUCCAGUAGCACCCCAAACUACAAGUACUCCCACCCUUCUCCUCACCAUACGAGCACCAGCAGCAUUCAGAUGAGCACAAUACCAGGGCAGGCAUCAACCCAGUCAACCACAACCAACGGGAACAUGAACCUGUAUUUUGGCUACCACACAAUGGGCACAGACAACCCUGCUUUCCCACCGAAUGCUGACACAGGUGUGAUGGUGUGUGGCGGCGGCGGUAGCGGCCAUCCCAACGGCUCGUCCCAACAUGAUAUCCACUCAGAUCAGACGCGGACUUUGCUGCUUGAGCAGGUCCCGGAAAUUUCCCAGAUCCUAGAGGAAGUUCAAUACAUUGCCAGGCGUUUCCGGGAUCAGGAUGAAGGAGAGGCCAUCUGCAGUGAGUGGAAGUUUGCAGCGGCUGUGGUGGAUCGAUUAUGCCUGGUGGCCUUCUCGCUUUUCUCCAUCAUCUGCACCUUCACCAUCCUUAUGUCAGCUCCCAAUUUCAUUGAGGCUGUGUCCAAAGACUUCACAUAAGGCUGAUGUCGUCCGUCUCUGAGAGGAAACGGAGAGGCAAAGCUAACAUUAGAAAUCCUGACACAACUAGAACUGUGCCACACAAGCCUCCCUGCUACAACAAUGUGAAGCCACACAAGUUAUUUUAAAAGUGUUGUUACAAGUACAGUCACAGUACAUCAGAACCAAACCUUUCCCACUAUCUUCACAUAUUUCUAGUAUGUUGUUGUAUGGAGUUAAUGUGAUUUUAACCUUUAAAGAUGGCUCUUCUAUCUAUCACCAUACACACAGUGUGCCACGUAGGAGGUUUAGGCUUCAUGCAGUAGUUAAUGAUGUAGAAACUCACACUAAUGCACUUUUCAUCUGUAUACCUGCUCACAUCAUUUACCAACCACCACUCCGUCUUUACAUCUCAUCUGAAUAUAAUGUUUAUACUCCCUCCUUCCAGUUCUUUCUUUUUUGUUAUGUUUGUCCACACUUCUUUGCUUCCUUUCCCCAUAGUAGCACUUAACA